AUGGGUGACGCAGAUAAAAAUAAUCUCAUAGAUGACCAUUUUAUCGUUCGAAAAUUGAUUUAUCAUUAUUUGUGUUAUCGAACUCAAAAAAAAGCCAGUUUAAUGUUUGUCAAAUCGGCAACAACGUCGCGUAUGCUACGGCACGCAGUAUUGAGGGCGUAUCGGGAUUUAUUGAAGGCACAACAAGAAACAUUUUAUGCCGCACGAGAUAAAACACGAGAAGAAUUUUUACGAAAUAGAAGUUUAAAUGAAGAAUCUCAAAUUCAAGAGCAAAUUAAUCGCGCUACAGAAAUUGCCAAUACACUACGCAGAAAUGUAGUGCAGGCCGUUUCAUUAGAUCAAGAUAAAACACGAUUUCGAUUACUUUUGAAUGAGAAUCAUGAAUUGGGUGAUAACGAUUCGCUCAAACUCUCAAAAUCAUCUGCUUCUUUACAAAAAUCAUCAUAA